GGAGUGCAGGGGCUAAGAUCUGGGCGGAGCAUCUGGGGUACUUGUAGGGGUGGGGAUCCUGGCUGCCUGCAGCUGAGCUGGGCCUGAGAAGUGAUCCUGAGGCCGGGGCGGGGUCGCUGCCGUGCGCCGCUCCCUGCGCAGCCUCCGCCCCCGUCGCUAUGGAAACAGCAGCGGCGCCAGGCUCACUCGCGCCUCGCCCGCCUCGGUCUCUGCCGCUUCUGGAGCGGGUGGGUUGGGCUGAGUCCCGACCGCCACUGCCGUCACCACCGCCUGGGAGAGGCCGAGAGCAGAGUCGGCGCGGGUCCCGGAGGAGAACACGGCUGCCAGGCGCUCGGUCCCCAUUGCGGUCGAGGCCAGGGACUCGCGGGGAUGUGAGCCAUGAGCACGACCUGGACGCUGUCCCCCGAGCCGCUGCCGCCGUCGACGGGGCCCCCGGCGGGCGUGGGCCUGGACGCUGAGCAGCGCACAGUGUUCGCCUUCGUGCUCUGCCUGCUCGUGGUGCUGGUGCUGCUGAUGGUGCGCUGCGUGCGCAUCCUACUCGACCCCUACAGCCGCAUGCCCGCCUCGUCCUGGACCGACCACAAGGAGGCGCUCGAGCGUGGCCAAUUCGACUACGCGCUGGUCUGAGCCACGGCACCCUUGGGUGGCCCUUUGUCGGCCUGACCGCGCUCGGGAUCCCACCCCAGAGCCCAGCCAAAGGAGGAGUGCAUGAGAAGUCCCGCCCCUCCCUGCCCAGACACCUUCCAUACUCGCAGGCCUCUCCCAUCAUCCCUCCCGGACAAGCCCGAGCCCCACUUGGUGCCUUUAUCCCGCCCUGUCCUCGCCCCCAAACUCACUGACACCCACCCACCCGCCACCCCGCCUAGCGUGUAGGUGGCUUUGCUGUUGUCCAGCCUCCAGCAUAAAUGGUAUGUGCGUUCCUGGAUGCGGGGACCCCUCUCUCCCCUCCCAUGUCGUCUGGCCAUCCCACUACUCCAUCCCCCGCCCCUCCCCCAUGUUGAACCCCUCCUUGGGGUAGAAUAUGCCCAGUGCUGCCUGCCCUGACACCGAGCCUGAAGAGCAACAAUGGCUGCUGUGUCCAGGAUGUUUGGCACCUUCCGUGGGGGCAAAGCCUGGCAGACUCACUUCCACCCCCCGCCCAGGCCUGUUAGUAAUCUGCACACCCCUCCCUCGGUCACCACCUCCGUAUGCCAGUCACUGGCAAUACUGACACCUACCCCUGAUCCCUCCUGCCAUGCCCCAUACCAUCUCCCUGCCCCCUCCCCCACAAUGCCCUCCUCAUGCCUUCUUCCUCUUCCUGUCUCUGAGUAGAUGGUGAUAAUAAAAGCUAUUGAGUGCUUACUUGA